AGAAACAGCCUUAUUUCCAUCUCAGGGCGCUGCCCCAUGAUCUAAGGGUCAUGCUGCCUCUGAAGCCAACAGUUCCACCUCUCCUAUGGUCAUGCUUUAGGCCAACGAGACUUAAGGAAAGGGAAUAGUCCCGGUCACCACACAUCAGGACAUAUUGUUUGGGUUCUGGCCAUUGGCAUCAUCCCUGUCCUGGGCAGCUCUCAGCCUACACACCCUUCUGCAGUCUGUGAGUAAAGAAUCAUAAGACCUGUAACACGAGUGUGGUCCAACCCCCAGCCAGGCAGCGACACAGGACCACAAGACAAUGAGGACACCAGCCUGCCCAUAGCUACAGCCCACUGUGCAGUCACCGAAAGUCCCAGAAUGAACCAGCAGAUGGCACUGACCUGGGGGCUGCUCUACAUGGCCCUGGUGGCUCUCUGCUGGGGACAUGGUGUGACAGAGGCACAAGAGACCGUCCCUCUGCAGACUCUGCAAUGCUACAAUGACUACACCAGCCGCAUCAUCUGCAGCUGGGCCGACAUGGAGGACGCCCAGGGCCUCCUGAACAUGACCCUCUAUCGCAAGCUAGAAAAGGACGUGGGCAUCCAGCUCGUGCUUCCACUGGCCCAGCAUGUGCAGCCCCCGCCCCCCAAGGACCUCCACAUCAGCCCCUCGGGGGACCACUUCCUGCUGAAGUGGAGUGUGACCCUUGGACAUGCCCCGGUCCGCUGGCUGGCACAAGAGGACAUCCAGUUUGAGGUGACUUAUAAGAGGCUUCAGGACUCCUGGGAGGAUGCCCCCAGCCUGCACACCAGGGACAUGUGGGUCUCUCUGGAGCCGAAGCUGCUCCUACCCAGCAACAUCUAUGUGGCCCGGGUGCGCACUCGGCUGUCCCCAGGCUCAAGCUUGUCUGGAAGACCCAGCACAUGGAGCCCUGAGGUGCAAUGGGACUCCCAGCCAGGGGACAAGGCCCAGCCUCAGAACGUGCUGUGCUUCUUCGAUGGCAUCCAGUCCCUCAGCUGCUCCUGGGAGGUGUGGACCCAGAUGACUGGCUCUGUGUCCUUUGGGCUCUUCUACAGCUCCAGCCCGGCGGCCCCGGAGGAGGAGUGCUGGCCGCUGGUGAAGGAGUUUCAGGACAGCCUCCACACCCGGUACCACUGCCGCCUAACCGUGCCCAGCCCCAGUCCACACAGCCAGUACACGGUCUCUGUUAAGCCGCGGAAACAAGGGAAGUACAUCAAGAGCUUUAGUCACAGUGAGUUUGCCCUGCUCUGCAUCGGUCCCGGGACUACAGGAGUCCAUUGUGUCACCCCAGUAAACACGGGGAUCUCUUGGGCAUCUUUGUGUCUUGUCACUUUCAAAGUUUUGCAGACCUGUGACUCCCAGUGAUAAGAUGACUAUUCUGGGAUUAGGAAAG